AUGUUACAAGUCGAAACAAUAACUGUAACUGUUUAAUUUGAUGAACCUAUUAAUUAAGGAAGAUUUGGAUCCAUCUUUUAAGGACAAAUUGAAGAUGGUAAGUGUGUUGCGGUAAAAAUAUAAAAAUAUAUCUCUGAAUCUGAAAACCAGAUUUUAAUGGCUCUUAAAGGAUAAUAAUUUGAUCAUAUUAUCUAAGUGAUUGCUUUUGAAAAGAAGGAAAACGAAACUUACACAAUAAUGGAACUUGGAGAGAAUUUGGAUUUAAAGAAACUAUCCAAUUAAACUAAAGCUUGUUUGCAAGUAAACGAUUUUAAAUUUAUUAGAUGGCAAAAGGUGUUUCCUAGCUAUUGUAACUUGGAUUUUACCUUCAAGACUUAAAACCAGGGGAUUUUGCUAUAGGCAUAGAUAAUAAAAUUAAAUUGAUAAAUUUUAGAUCCGUCAGAUCACUUGCUGAUAAAAAUCAAACCUAAAAACAAUAUUCACUUCCUUUUGGACAAGAAGCACUUAAGGCCGAAAUUUAGGAUUCCUUAGUAAAUAUUCGGUCCUUGGGAUGGGUGUUUUACGAAAUUUUUACAGGAGAAUAAAAUUAUUUUGAAAUCUCACCAGAAGGUGAUAUAGGGAGAAAUUAGUAAUAACAAAUUAAUGAAAAAAUAAAUGCAAACCAAAAUAUGAAAUAAUGGCAAAAAGAAGUAUUAUAAGAAAUGAUUGUUCAAAAUAUGAAAGAUGAAAAAAAUUUGAAUAGAUCUAUAAAUUGGAUAAGUCUAGAGGAAGUAAUUCAUAAAUUUGAAGUUGCUUGCGAUUAGAAGAGGGAGCUGUAUGAAAUUUUAGUAUUAGUGAAAGAUUUUGAUACAUAAAUUUUCACAAAUAUCAUUGAAAAAUUGAAAAGAGAGAAAAUUUCAAAUUGCAUAGGUUUUCUUUCAAAAGAUUGUAAAAACAAUGAUUAGUGUAUUACUAAUAUUAUCAGAUCAAUGAGUGAAAAUGAUUUUAAUAAAAAGAAUUAUUCAUCCAAUGAAUAUCAAGAAAUAAGAAAAGACCUAAUUACUAAAAUAUCUGGGAAUAAGAGAAUUAUAGAAUUUUUUAAAUUUCUUGUCCAAUUAACUGCAUUGGAUGGGGAAUUUAUUUAAUGCGGAUCAAAUUCCCUUAAUUUGUUAGUUUAGAUGAAAAUAGAUCUUAGAGAACAAAACUUUUAGAAUAUAAGGAUAUGUAAUACUUCUUUAAUUGGUGGAAAUUUUGUGAGGUGUAAUUAUAAUGGUUCAAUUUUUGAUAAUGUAGAUAUUAGUGGAAUUAACUUGAAUGGAGCCCAGUUGUUAAAUUGUAAAUGGAAGAAUAUCAAAAUACAUGAAUUAAAUAAAUUAGAUGGUCAUUCUGGUACUGUAUGUUGUGUAUGUAUCUCUCCUGAUGGUACUUCAUUAGCAUCUAGUAGUAGAGAUUAGUCUAUUCGAUUAUGGGAUGUUAAGACAGGAUAAUAAAAAGCAAAAUUGGAUGGACAUACAGAUUAUGUUUAUUCAGUUUGUUUUUCUCCUGAUGGCAAAACUUUAGCAUCUGGUAGUGGUGAUAAGUUUAUCAAUUUAUGGAAUGCUGAGACAGGAUAAUUAUUAACCUAAUUAGAUGGCCAUAGUCAUUAUGUACGGACUGUCUGUUUUUCUCCUGAUGGUACUACAAUAGCCUCUGGUAGUGAUGAUAAAAAUAUCUAUUUAUGGGAUGUUAAGACUCGAAAAUAAAAAGGCAAAUUUGAUAGUCCUACUUAUUCUGUACUAUCUGUGUGUUUUUCUCCUGAUGGCAAUACAUUAGCAUCUGGUAGUAUAGAUAGGUCUAUUCGUUUAUGGGAUGUUAAUACAGGAUAGUAGCAAACAAAAUUAAACGGUCAUACUCAUAAUAUUUAAUCAGUGUGUUUCUCUCCUGAUGGUUCUACUCUAGCAUCUGGUAGUGGAGAUUAAUCAAUCCGAUUAUGGGAUGUUAAGACAGGAUAAUAAAAGGCUAAAUUAGAUGGUCAUGAUAAUUGGGUUUCAUCAAUUUGUUUCUCAUCUGAUGGUACUACAUUGGCAUCUGGAAGUGGAGAUUAGUCAAUUCUUUUAUGGGAUGUUAAAACAGGAUAAUAAAAAGGCAAAUUUAUUGGUCAUAAUAAUUGGGUUUCGUCAGUUUUUUUUUCUUCUGAUGGUACUACUUUAGCAUCUGGUAGUGUUGAUAAGUCUAUCCGUUUAUGGGACGUUAAAACAGUAGACUAAUAAGCAUAAUUAGAUGGUCAUACUCGAAACGUCCGAACAGUCUGUUUCUCAUCUGAUGGUUCAAUAUUAGCAUCUGGUGGUGAUGAUAACUCUAUCCGUUUAUGGGAUGUUAAGACAGGAUAAUAAAAGGCUAAAUUAGAUGGUCAUGAUAAUUCUGUUUCAUCAGUCUGCUUUUCUCCUGAUGGCACUGUAUUAGCAUCUGGAAGCGAUGAUAACAACAUUUGCAUAUGGGAUAUUAAUUCAGGAUAUUCAAAAGCAAAAUUAGAAAGUCAUAGUGAUUACGUUCGAUCUGUCUGUUUCUCUCCUGAUGGCAAUACAAUAGCAUCAGGUAGUGAUGAUAGUUCUAUCCGUUUAUGGGAUGUUACAGGAUAUUAAAAAGCACAUUUAGAUGGACAUGAUAAUUCUGUUACAUCAGUCUGUUUCUCUCCUGACGGUACUAUAUUAGCAUCCGGAAGCAAUGAUAAGUCUAUUCGUUUAUGGGAUGUUAAGACAGGAUAAUAAAAAGCAAAAUUAGAUGGUCAUGAUAAUUGGGUUUCAUCAGUCUAGUUCUCUCCUGAUGGUACUAUGCUAGCAUCUUGUAGUAAUGAUAAGUCUAUCUGUUUAUGGGAUGUUAAUACAGUAUCUUAAAUUGUAAAAUUAACUGGUCUUAUUCAUAAUAUAAGAACGAUAAGUUUUUCCCCUGAUGGUAAUACAAUAGCAUCUGGUAGUGAUGAUAAUUCCAUUUGUUUAUGGGAUGUUAAUUCCGGAUAAUAAUAUGCCUAAUUAGAUGGUCAUAGUAAUUACGUCCGAUAGGUUUGUUUUUCUCCUAAUGGUUUAACAUUAGCCUCUGGUAGUGAUGAUAUGUCUAUUCGCAUAUGGGAUGUUAAGACGGGACAAAAAUUAGCAUCAGGUAAUUUUUCCAAAGAUAUUUUAACUUAAUUUCAAAUACCGAUUUCUCCAUCUACUUUAGCUAACUCUAAUUUUACAAUUCUUCGAAUUUCUUAACAUCCGAUCUUUCAAGCAAAAGGUGCUUUAAUCUCAAAAGGAGAGUUUAUAAAUUAUAAAGGCAUAGACUUAAGAUAUUUACUCAAAUCUAAAGGUUGUUACAUUUUGGAUAGUGAGAUCGCAUUAGAAUAACAUUGA